AUGGCCCAGGCCUACCGACAAUGGCCGGUACAUCCAGAUGACAUUCCACUGCUGGUGUGCUUGGUCUGGGACGACACCGUGGGUCCAGAGGGCGGAUUCCGCGCCUUCGCGCACAAGGCGCUCCCCUUCGGGGCCUUCGGAGCAGUCUGGGGGUACACGCGCGUCGCCGCCAGCGUGAUUCACCCGCUCCGCCGCAUCUUCAGCGUGCCCCAGAACGCGUAUGUGGACGAUUUCCACCGCGCCUCCCCGGCCAGGUGGGCCGCCCUGCACGAAUGGGUGUUCCAGGAACUGCACGCCAUGCUCGGUAUCCCGCUCAAGGACGGCAAGAACCAGGGACCAGCGGCCGUGCUGGAUCUGCUCGGACUGGGCGUCAUCUCCACCGGGCACUGGGCGGGACUGCGCCUCACCGUCAAGCGGCGCGACGACCUGGCCGCGGACGUGGACUCCGCGCUCCGCGCGCGCCGCCUCAGCAGGCGCGACGCGGCCCGACUCGGAGGACAGAUGGGCUUCGCCACCACGGCAAUGUUCGGCCGUAUCGGCCGAGUAUACGCCUCCAACGUGUCGGCGCACCGAGGCGGCUGGUCCGAACGCCUCGCUGACGCGCUGGCGUGGUGGAAGGCGCUGCUGCGCUGCCCGAUAUACCGCAGGCGCGCCCACGGCGACCAGCGGCCCGUCGUCCUCGGAUGGGUCGACGGGUCAUGGGACAUGGACACCGGCACGGGGGCCAUCGGGGGCAUGCUGUUGUCCUCGCAACGCAGCGGCCGCAGCUUCUCGGCGCGCAUCCCGCAGCACCUGUGCGCGGAGCUGCUGAGGGUCGGCAAGAAGCAGCGAAACACACAGUCCGAGUUGCUCGCCGUACUGGUGCUGCUCCUCACCUGCCCCGACGAGCUCCGCGGGGCCCGGUUGAUCCUCUUCGAGGACAGCGCGCCCGCGCUUGAAAACAUCCUCAGCGGCGCCGCCAACGACGAUCACAGCAAGGACAUCGUCGGAGCGAUCUGGCUCCUGCUGGGAGUCCUCGGCGUAGAAUUGUGGAUCGAAUGGGUCGCGUCCGAGAGCAACCCCGCGGACGCUUUCUCGCGACCUGGAGAGCCGGAGAAGCAGGCCGAGGCAGCGGCACUGUCCCGGCGCUACAGCCUCAGUGCGGCAGAGCCGCGUUUCCCCGCCUCGUUCCGCAUGGACGCCGGGGCUUGGGCAGCUGCCGUGGCGGCCGCCAAGGAGGACUGGGCGCGCAACGACCGGCGACGCCGUGCCCUGACCGCGCUGCGCUUGGGCUCUGUGGACGCAGGCACCCUCGCGGCGCUCCUGGGCGCGAUCACGUUCGACUCGGAUGACAAGCAGGUCACGCUCGGGUGGCUCCGCACCCGCCGCGCCGGCGUCGUGGCUGCCGCGACGCAGUACCACACUGAGCUGCUGCGCCUCUCGUGCGCUGCAGCGCGGCCGCACGCCCGCGCCCACGGCACCACUGCCGUGGCCCUGCGCCAGGGAACGCCGCCGCGGGCGCCGCCAGGGGCCGCGCGUUGCAACGCGGCCUGCAUCGUUCGAGGAGUUGGCAGCCGAGGCUCUGCGACCAUCGACUGGCUGCAGUCCGUGCCCACCCCAGAGACCGCGAAGCUGGACGCGAACGACGUCGUCGUUGGCUUCUACGCGGUCCCCAUCGACGGCAUAAAGGAGCGGGUCCGCUCUGCCCCGCUGCGCAAGCUCGGCCUGGACGUCGCGCGCGCGGGCCCUACCGCGCUGUCGCGGCUCGCCGACGCGCGCCGCUAG